CUAUCCUAAUGGUUUAUCAGCCAAGAAUAACAUUUUUCAUCGUUCACUAAGCUUGAGGAAUACAUAUUUUUUGGGGGACAAAUUCAAGUCCACUAUAUCAGUUCACACAGAUUGCUUCUUGCAGCACCCGGAUUGGCGACAAGUGUCGACGCCAACAGUAGCUGGGGGUUAUAGGGCUCAUAUGCCGAAACCAAUUAGUGUCUUGUCCUUAUGGCUAUCGAACUGAAUGGAUCAUUGACGCUUGAGACUACAUUGUCCCCAAGCUCUAGACGAAUGUGACUUGUUUCAUGUUAAGCCUACUCUUGUGUAUCCACACGCGUUAUUCUUUUUUCAAUUUUGUAAUGUUCCUGUUCAACAUUGUCCUUUGCUUCAUUUCUCAUUCCAUCCAACUGACAACAGCAGCAAUAACAAUAAAUGGCUCUGCCUAAGCGUAUUAUCAAGGAAACAGAACGUCUGAUGGCGGAUCCUGCUCCAGGCAUUAGUGCAAUGGCUCAUGAGGACAACCUCCGUUACUUUGAUGUCAUCAUCACUGGGCCAGAGCAGUCUCCUUUCGCAGGUGGCGUCUUCAAACUGGAGUUAUUUUUACCUGAAGAGUAUCCCAUGUCACCUCCUAAAGUCCGAUUUUUGACCAAGAUCUAUCACCCCAAUAUUGACAAGCUCGGACGUAUUUGCCUUGAUAUUCUGAAAGACAAGUGGUCACCUGCUCUUCAGAUCCGCACGGUGUUGCUGUCUGUCCAAGCAUUGCUCUCCUCCCCCAACCCUGAUGAUCCCCUUGCAAACGACGUUGCUCAACAUUGGAAGGAGAACGAGAAUGCUGCAAUCCAAACUGCACAGGAAUGGACGAGAAAAUACGCCAUGUAGCUUGAAUAAUAAACACAAAAAAUUAUGAAAAAAGAAAAAAUGAGAAAAAAAUAACCAUAAAUAAAAAACUACUCAUUUUGUGAGCGAGUAUGUAUAAAAAAG